CUGCUGCAUGUUGACUGUUGAGUGUGAUGGUGUACACUAAAACUUAAGUGACAAACGAAAUCAAACAAAUGUUGGUGAUCCAUAGGUCUAAAAUGGUUUGAAAAUUCAGAAGAAAACUGUCAAUUUGUUUUUAAAAUCAUAUAUAUCAGUUAUCAAAUAGUCUUUUGGAAUAUAAAUCGUGAAAGAAUCAGAAGAUAUCGAACCAAUGUUUUCUUCUACAAUAAUACAGUCCUUAUAAGUUUGUGUUUAAAAUUAUGGAUGUCACAACUGUUCUCGGGUCUGUAAUCCUCCUACACACAUUCUUCUAUUACCUUGAUAGGUACUUGAAGGGAAAAAAUUCACAAAGAUAUACAAGUUUUCUAAACAGGUUUCCUGUUCAAAUUGAUUUUAUGAAUGUGCGAUGGACAACAUCAAUGUUUAACAAAGCUCUAUGCAGUUGGGCAAUGAUGAGGUUGAAGUUUUUGAGUAAAUGGUAUAAUGUUGGAACAGUUAUUACACUUUUGCUUUGCAUUCCCUCUCUGAUACUCUUGGGUAGCACAGCUCUAGUAAGUUUUGAAAAUAUGAUGACUAACAAGAAAGAAGAAGCCAUGCUUCAACCAGUUGUUCCAGGAGUAAAUUUACCUUCAUAUGAUCUACCAUAUUAUUUAAUUACACUUCUAGUGUGCACUGUUGUUCAUGAGGCAGGUCAUGCUAUAGCUGCUGUUAGCGACCAGGUUCCAUUGGUGAGCAUCGGCCUAAUUCUUUGGCUAAUUAUUCCGGCCGCUUUUGUUGAGUUACCGACAAGUAAUGUGGUUGGUCUCUCACCUUGGAAGCAACUCAAAAUAUAUUGUGCUGGGGUGUGGCACAACAUCGUUCUGUCAGCAAUGGCUUUUGCCGUUUUGAUGAUGCUUCCCAUCUUAUUGAUACCGUUAUUCCAAUCCGGAGCUGGAGUGUCUGUUGUCAAUUUAAAUGCGUAUUCUACAGAUGGUCAUCACGAUUUUCAAGUUGGGGACCAGUUAACUCAAAUCAACGACUGCCACGUUACAGGGGUCGAAAGUUGGAGGCUAUGUUUGACUGCUGUUUUACUCGAAUCUUCAGGUUUCUGCCUCGAUAAUUCAUAUCUUGCUAGUUCAUUGUCUAGUGAUCAAUUGGGUUGUUGUAAUGAUUCCGAAUUAAGUAGAUCACAUUUAUGCUUCCUUUCAUCACCCAAUUUUGUCCCCAAAAAAUAUCACUGUUUAAGAGCCAGAGAAGUUUCCCAAUUAUCUUCAGCUUGGUGUUCCAACCAUAAAGGUUGCUCAUCAGUUAACCAAUCUUGCCUUAUGCCAUCAUUUCAUUCAGAAUCCGUGAAUGAAACUGAUUCCUCAAGACUAAUUAUAGUGAAACGAAAAAGUGCUGAUCCUGUUCUCUUUGCAGGCCUGCCUAAUGAAAUUUAUCUAUCUGUUUAUGUAUCCGAUUAUGUGCCCAGAAUAUUUAUUGGUCCCCAAUUUAUUAAUUUUAUUGAGCAUCUGUUAAGGUACAUUUCUUCCUUCUCCGCUGGAUUGGCAGUUUUAAAUGUAGUCCCGUGCAUCUUUAUGGAUGGCCACCAUAUUGUGGGUGCGCUUAGUGAAAUAGCGUUCGAAGGGCGAGGAAGUAUUUCUAUGAAACGACAAACUCAAUAUGCCCUGGUGUUUUUGGGGACUUCUCUGGUUGUCAUCAAUAUUGCGUUUGGUGUUCUCACUUUAUUUUUGUAGUAAAUUCACAUGUUUUUUCAAUACUGAUGCGCUGUAGAGUGUAGCCAUUACACAUAGUCAGUAACA